CCGCACUGCUGGCUCACAGGCUGUUCCACCAGCCCGCAUCCCCCAGGGGCCCCUGACACUCCUGGGACUCUCUGGGGUAGGGGGUGGGCACCUCUCAGCAAUGCUGGGCCUGGGGCAACCUGCAGUGGGAAGUGGUGCCCUGGGCCCCAGGCUCAUCCUCACCCCUAAAGGGCCUCCCCUGGGUCACAUCUUCCAGGUGGGGCCCUUUGACCUCCCAUGCCUCCAGGCCCCAGAAGACAUCUGGGUGCCAGGGGCAGGUCCAGCUCCAAGCAGUGAAGUGCCAGUGGCGCCCAGGAAGUCCUGUCUCUGACCUGGCCACCCCACGGCUCCCGAGCUAUCAGCUUGGGACAGACUUCCUGCCUUUUAGAACAGACCCCGCCUGGCCCUUGGCCUCCGCCCAGGGGAACCUGGCCAGGCCCGGAUGGGUGGGUGGGUUCAGGGUAUGCGCAGGGCAGAUGACAGGACAAGGUCCGGCUGCAGUCACCCACUGGGUGCGGCAGGUGGACGAGGCUGGCCACAGCCGGCCAAGGCCAGAGAUGGGCAGUCAAGGCCAGUGUCGGCUGGACAAGUGUGGACAAGGCCGCACUGGACAGUGGACUCUGACCUGGGACAGUGCUGCCCUCCGACUCCCUGUCAGGUCACAACACUGACCCUGCCACCAUGCUGCCUCCUUGGGCUGCACUGCUCUUCACCCUGCUCCUUACAGCGUCCGGCUCGCUGGGCCAGAGGCCUAGGAAGCCCCCUCGACCUGGGUCCCUCAUAAGCACCAUCCAGCCCCAGGCCAGUUUUGACGCUCAGCAGUUUUCAGGAAAGUGGCUCCUUGUGGCUGUGGGCUCUGCCUGCCGCUUCCUGCAGGAGCAGGGCCACAGGGCUGAGGCUACUGCACUGCACGUGGUUCCCCAGGGAGCAGCCAUGGUCGUCAGCACCUUCCGCAAGCUGGAUGGGAUCUGCUGGCAGGUGCGCCAGCUCUACAGAGACACAGGAGUCCCCGGCCGCUUCCUACUCCAAGGUGAGGUGGUGCCCGGGGCCGUGCACGUGGUCGUCACUGAGACCGACUACCAGGGCUUCGCUAUUCUGUACUGGAGCGGGCAGGGCAGCUACUACCAGGGCUUCGCUAUUCUGUACCUGGAGCGGGCAGGGCAGCUGUCGGUGAAGUUGAGCCCUGUCUGUCCCUUAGCCCGCUCGCUGCCUGUGAGUGACUCUGUCCUGAAUAUGUUUGAGCAGCGGGUCAGGGCCAAACUGACUGAAGACCAGAUCUUAUUCUUCCCAAGUAUGGUGAGUUUCUGCGAGGCUGCAGACCAGUUCCACAUCCUGAAUGGUGAGUGGGCAGCGGAGCAGGACUGCAGUGACCCAGGUGAGGGCUUUCUCCCGCCCCUGCUGAGUUCUUGUGUCUACUGCAGAGGUGAGGAGGUGAGGCUGGUGGCAGGAGAAGCUGUGACCAUGGACGUCUGCUGCCCUCCUCAGUGA